AGGAGGCCAGCGCAGGCCAUGGACUCGUCCCCGGACUCCACGCCGACCACGGCGUCGGCCAUGGAGUCGGCCUCGCUCUCCAGCGGCAAGGAGCCGGCCGCGCGCGGCCGGCACUUCUUUCUGGCCACCGGCGACCCGUCCGACGGCCUUUACUCGGCGGUUUGGAUCCUCGUCACGAUCGCGUUCUGCGGGCUGUCCGCGGGCUUGGGCGGCGCUACCAACGGGUGGGAGCUGGGUCUGUACGCGCCGCUGUUCUCGCAUGCCGUCCAGUGGCUUGUCUGCACUCUGCACGCGUUUCCGUACCAGACCGAGGUGUACUACGACUUGACGGGCUCCAUCACGUAUGCGCUCCUCGCCGUGGGCACCCUCAGCAUCACGGCUGGGCGCACGCGGAGCGUGCACGCGAGGCAGCUGGUCGCGACGGCCUUUGUGCUCGUCUGGUGCACCAGGCUCGGCUCCUUCCUCUUCCAGCGAAUCCGCCGCGACAGCAAAGAUGGCCGCUUCGACUCGCUCAAGCCGUACUUCGUCGCCUUCUUCGGGACGUGGAACAUCCAGGGUGCGUGGUGCUUCCUGACCGGGCUCGCCGUGUGGGCGGCCAACGCCCGCGACCCGGCGGAGCAGCCUGCGUUUGGCUGGCUCGACGGCGUCGGCGUCUGCGUCUGGUGCGUCGGCUUCGGGAUCGAGGUGGUCGCCGACCGCCAAAAGGCGGCGUGGCGCGCGCUGCCGUCGUCCAAGGGGCGGUACAUCGACGUCGGCCUGUGGCGCUACUCGCGCCACCCAAACUACUUUGGGGAGUGGCUGCUCUGGACGGGGCAGUUUGUGCUGUGUGCGAGCGCAUUCGGCAGCGGCGACGCGACGGGCGCGUUCGUCGGCGCGGGCUUCCUGAGCGCCGCUUCGCCCGUCUUCGUCUACCUGCUGCUCAACUACGUCUCGGGCGUCCCGCUGCUCGAGAAGCGGAGCGACGAGCGGUGGGGCGGCGAGCAGGUGUACCUCGCGUACAAGCGGGAGACGUAUGUCUUCUUCCUGCUGCCCACGCGGCGGACCGAGGCGAGCCGCCCGCUCCUCUGAGGGGGGUUGGCGUAGGUGGGUGACGCGGCUGGCGUGCAGGUGUAUGGCGGCGUACAGGUGAGGCAGCGGCGGAGGUGUAGUCUGCACAGCGCACGGUGGUGGUCGUGAGGAGGAGUGCCUGAGCUGGUGGACCGUGUACGUGUACGAUGUGCGGCCUUCGUUGUUUUUUCUUCAGCGUUUCGCCCGUUGGGCCCAAACC